UUGGUAGUGGCUGCUUAUCGACCCGACCCGUUUGAAAAUCAACGAACAAAACUGACACAGUCGGGAAGGAGAAUGCUAUUGAUCAUGAGAUAGCAGUAUAGAACCAGUGUUUGCUCAGGUAUUAGGGAUUAACACAUCCAUUUCUGCGAUCGACGAUUGAUGGAGCGACAACCGUUUAUCUCGACAUGGGACCGGCAACAACGGCGGCUCCGCCCCGUGAGGCGCGGCGGUCUCUUGUCUCAGAGGCCAAAGCUAGGUAGCCUCAGAGGCCUUACUUCCUGGAAGCGCCUCUUCCGGUAUCUUCUCAUAAGCCUCGCCGUCAUCGCCAUCCUCCCGCCUCUCUAUUUUCAUUUCAAACUCCGCCGCUUCCAUCAGGUGCAAGAACGGAAAUGCAGUUGGCUGAGAAACCCUCCUCUGAUCUGUGCUCAUGGUGGAGAUUCCUCAAAGGCCUUUCCUAACACAAUAACUGCAUACCAGAUUGCUCUCAGUUCUCAGGUAGACUGUAUUGAAGUUGAUGUUUCUCGUUCUUCUGAUGGAGUUCUGUUUGCUCUUCAUGACAGGGAUUUGCAGCGAAUAUCUGGGAAUGACACAUCCAAGGUUGGGUACUUGAGCUCAAAAGAGAUUAAAGAGCUUGUUGCAAGUCACAAGCUUCAACAGAUGUAUCAUGAUUUGGGAGUUCCUACAGUUGAAGAUGCCCUCAAGUUGAUAUCAGGCUCAGUUCAGCAAGUAAUUCUAGAUAUAAAAAUUGGCCCUCCUUUGUAUGAAAAAGGACUUGCUGGCGAUGUUGUUUCUUCUUAUGAAAAAUUAGGGUGCAAGAAUUGUGUUGUUUGGGCAAAAAGUGACAGCAUUCCAAGAGAUGUGCUGAGUCUGGCACCAGAUGCCAUGGUUGGUUACAUUGUCAUGAUGGACCCUUCAACAGGAACUAGAUCGCAAUUACUGAGGAUGAAAGGUGCAGGGGUGGUUGGUGUAUACCAUCCUUUAAUCGACAACAAACUUGUGAAAAUCCUUCACGCGAGAAACAAGAAGGUUUAUGCAUGGACUGUCGAUGACGAAGAGUCCAUGAAGAAAGUGCUAAUUGAGCACGCAGACGCCAUUGUCACUAGCAACCCCUCUGCACUAAAGCGUGUCAUGCAAGACGCAAGGACACAAUGCCUUGGAGAUGGCUUUUCUUUGUUUGCACAAUGACAAGGAAUGAAUUAAACGCUCUAUUGUGCACUUAAACCACCAGAUUUUCUGCAAAAUCGCCAUGGAGCAUAGACUACUUGCUGGUAUGGUCUCAUCCAUUCCCAUCUUUGACAAAUAUAGGAUGAAAAACUUUCCUGUUCAUAUAACAAUGCCCUCUUCCCACUGCUCCUUCUGUCCCACGUCCCAUACUGAUGGUCAGCUCUCGUCUCUGGCCAAAUUCUUGACUCUUUCUUUGUUUUCAAGUUUCAAGCAUAAUAUGAUAGCCACUCCAAUAUU